UAGCAGUGCGCAUGCGCACUGACCGGACCGACCGGAAACUUACGCCUGUACCGCUAUCUGAGCAGAGGAAACAAUAUAUCGGGCGGCGCAUGUCACAUUGUAUUGCAGAUUAGAAAUAUGUUACUUAAAUGAAUUUAGCAAACAGUUCUUGGCAUUUCGGUAGCAGAUAGGAGUUGAUUUUGCAUGAGCAAAACAGCGGCCCGGAGGCCAUGAAAAUAUGGUCACCGACUGAACUGAGUUCACAAGAAACGGACUUUAACUACAGUGACACCAGAGAGCAGAUGGACGGGUCGGUCGGGCCGAUGCGAGUGUUGGUGACGGGUGGCAGUGGGCUGGUGGGGCGAGCGAUAGAGCGGGUGGUGAAAAAGGAGGGCGAAGAGAGAGAAGGAGAAGAAUGGAUAUUCCUGUCAUCCAAAGAGGCCAAUCUUAUGAGCGCUGAAGAGACGAGAGCAGCCUUCGAGAAACAUCGUCCCACGCACGUCAUUCAUUUGGCCGCCAUGGUGGGCGGGCUCUUCAGAAACAUGAGACAGAACCUGGACUUCUGGAGGAAUAAUGUGUUUAUCAAUGACAAUGUGCUGCAGGCGGCUCAUGAGUUCGGUGUGGUAAAGGUCGUUUCUUGCCUUUCCACGUGUAUCUUUCCAGAUAAAACCACCUACCCUAUAGAUGAGACCAUGAUCCACAACGGUCCGCCUCAUGAGUCUAAUUUUGGUUAUGCUUUCGCCAAACGCAUGAUUGAUGUCCAGAACAGGGCGUUAUUUCAGCAGUAUGGUCGGAAAUAUACAGCCGUCAUCCCCACCAACAUGUUUGGAGCCCAUGACAAUUACAACAUUGAAGACGGUCACGUGAUGCCGGGGUUGAUCCACAAGACGUACCUGGCAAAGAAGGAAGGUAAACCUCUGCAGGUCUGGGGUUCGGGUCGCGCUCUGCGGCAGUUCAUCUAUUCUCUGGAUCUGGCUCGUCUGUUUCUGUGGGUUCUGAGGGAGUACGACGAGGUGGAGCCCAUCAUUCUGUCAGUCGGGGAGGAGGAUGAGUUGACUGUAAAGGAUGCUGUGGACGCUGUGGUUGAAGCGUUCGGGUUCGAAGGGGAAGUGAUUUAUGACACUAGUAAAUCAGACGGUCAGAUCAAGAAAACCGCCAAUAACGCCAAACUACGCAAAUACCUGCCAGACUUCAAGUUCACACCGUUCAAACAAGCCGUCAAGGAGACGUGUGAUUGGUUUGCAGCCAAUUAUGACACCGCCCGUAAAUGAAGAUCUUCACAUUGUCUGUGGGGAGCUUGAACACCGUUCAACGCUGAAAAAUUACUGAUUGGACACUUUCAACAACGCUUAAUCAUUUUUACGAAGACAAAAUCAUUGGAUACUGCCAUCGAGGCUUUCCCUUCAUUUUUUUUCCUACUAAUUUCAUCCCUUAAAAUUCAAUUCAA